AUGGCGACCACCACCACCACCACCUCACCGCCCGCACCCUGGCGCAGCCUCUUCCUCGAGCACGUCCAGGCAAUGUCGUCCCCGGAAUUCGUGCUGAGCACCGUGCGCAAGGUGCCCAGCCCUACCUCUAGUGGCUCGUCCUCCUCUUCCUAUUCUCCGCGCGGACGCACAUGCAUCUUCCGCGGCCUGUGGGCGGACCUGCCGGUGAACCCCAAGAACGACGCCGAGCUCAACCCGGACGGCGUCUGGGAGAGCGACUUCCCAACUUUCACUACGGACUGCCGCAUGGACAAGAUGGCGGAGCUGUGGGAGGAGGAAGAGGAGGGGGCUGGUGGUGGGGAGGAGGAGAAGGAGAAGAAGGAGAAGAUCAAGGAGAGGAUCGCGGGCUCGGGCGGCGGGGCGCGCGUCGAGGCCAUGUGGUGGGCCAAGGAGCCGAGCGUGCAGUGGCGCGUGCGCGGGCGGGGGUACGUGCUCGGGCCGGACGUCGAGGAGUCGCAGGGCGGGAAGGAUGCCGUCGCUGCGCUGGAGUCGCGCAUGCGGAAGAAGAAGCACAACGCCAAAGAGGAAGGGGGCCAGAAGGACUGGAGUCCCAGUCGGGAGGUCACGGCGCACUUCGGGAACCUCAGCCCCAUGAUGAGAGGGACGUUCCGGAACCCCCCGUCGGGCACACCGGUGGCGCUGCCGGUGGGCGGGGGACUGGCGCUGGGGCAGAAGGUGACGAAUGUGACGGACGAGGUGGCGAGGGCCAACUUCAGGGUCGUGGUCAUCGUGCCCGACGAGGUCGACCGCUGCGACCUGAGUGAUCCGGCGAGGGGCCGUAGGUGGCUGUACACGUACGUCGGCGCCAACAACGACAAAUCACAGCCUCAGGCGCCGGGCGGUCAGAUCGAGGGCGAAUGGGAGAAGGUAGAGGUGUGGCCAUGA